GUGAGUGCGUGCGUGCGUGCGUUACGUUUUAUGAUAUAAAUUUAUAUUUUUCCACGCGCUCUUUUCACGCAUACGUUUCAUUACAUUUACCAUUACAUUACUUUUUUACAGGUACAUGUUAUUUGCGCGACUAUAGCUUUUGGAAUGGGCAUUGAUAAACCAAAUGUGCGUUUUGUAAUACAUGCAACCCUGCCAAAGUCCAUAGAGAGCUAUUAUCAAGAAAGUGGCCGUGCUGGUCGGGAUGGUGAAAUAGCAGAUUGUAUUUUAUUUUAUCAUUACGCAGAUAUGCAUAGGAUCCGAAGAAUGUUAAAGUUGGAUAAUUCACACGUCGUUGAUACACACAUGGACAAUUUAUCUACAAUGGUACAAUUUUGUGAAAAUACUAUAGAUUGUCGUAGAUCGUUGCAGCUUAAUUAUUUUGGAGAGAGCUUUGAUAGACAACAGUGUAUCUCGAAUAAAAUAACCGCGUGUGAUAAUUGCAGAUGCAAGGGAGAGAUUACAAAGUUAGACGUUACCGAAGAUGCAAAAGAGAUUAUAAAAGCUGUACGAGAUAUUAAUAAUGAAAAGAAAUGCAAACUUACAAUAGUAUUCUUAAUAAAUAUUUUUAAAGGCUGUGCUCUGAAAAAUAUUAGAGAAUCAGAUCUUACAAAACAUCCUUUAUAUGGUCGCGGUAAAUCAUGGAAUAAGAGUGACAUAGCACGUCUUUUGCACCAUAUGGUAUUACAAAAAUAUUUAGAAGAAAAUAUGUAUAUUAAUAAUGAAAUUGCUUGCACAUAUGUAAAAAUUGGGCCAAAGGCAAACGAACUUAUGACAAAGGAUGUAAAGAUACAAAUUCCAAUAAGACAAUCGAAUAAAUCUACAAGUGGUGCGACCGCAAUUUCAACAGUUACAAAAGAAAUCGAUGGUAUAAAAGAAUUACAAGAUCGUUGUUACGCCGAGUUAAUGACAGUAAUAAGAGCAAUCGCUGGUGCACUUGAUGUUUCCGUUUCUUCUAUCAUGAAUAUGGCAGCUGUCAAAGUUAUGAGCGAGCGUUUACCGGAAACUGCAGAAGCCAUGUUACAAAUACCACAUGUCACUAAAGCCAAUUUUAUUAAAUACGGCAAAACUCUUUUGAAUGUUACGCAAAAAUAUGCGGCAGAAAAAAGAAAAAAUUAGUACGAUACUUAUACAACUUGCAUAUACAAUGAUAUAAAAUAAUACUUUGUGUAAUUGAUUAUUCCAUUAUUUUCAGGAUUGUUAAAUAAAAAUAAGCACAAUAGUGUUAAUAAUACCUGGGUUGGCAAUAAUUCCAACUAUUCUUACAGUAGCGAUAGUACUAGUAAUUU